AUGGCUGCAGCCAACAAGGGCAACAAGCCCAGAGUCCGAAGUAUCCGCUUUGCGGCAGGCCAUGAUGCAGAAGGUUCCCACAGCCAUGUCCACUUUGAUGAGAAGCUGCACGAUUCGGUGGUCAUGGUCAGCCAGGAGAGCGACAGCAGUUUUCUUGUCAAGGUUGGCUUCCUGAAGAUCCUGCACAGGUAUGAGAUUACCUUUACCCUGCCUCCGGUGCGCAGGCUGAGCAAGGAUGUCCGUGAGGCACCUGUCCCCAGCCUGCACCUCAAGCUCCUCAGCGUCAUGCCCAUCCCAGAAGGUUAUAGCAUCAAGUGUGAGUACUCAGCACACAAGGAGGGCGUCCUUAAGGAGGAGAUGCUGCUAGCCUGCGAGGGCGGCACUGGCGCCUACGUGCGUGUGAUGGUGCAGGCGCGAGUCAUGGAUCGGCACCAUGGCACACCCAUGCUGCUGGAUGGUGUCAAGUGCGUGGGCGCCGAGCUGGAAUACGACUCAGAGCACAGCGACUGGCACGGCUUCGACUGA